UGGCAGGUGGAUUUGAGUUGAAACAAUGAAAAGUGCACGACAGCUGCGAGGAAUGUCCAGCAACAAUAAAUUCAUAAAGCUGAAUUACAGCAAUGCCGUUUAGUGCGUCCGGAGUCUAUGUUAUGUGGUGAAGGAGUUUAUUCCACUAAGGACAUUCACACAUUAAAGGAACAACGGAGCAUGGAAAGCCGAUCCAGUCCUCGCUCUCCAAUGCUAUCACCACGGUCAAGUUCUUCGAUAAACAACCUGCAGUCUGAAGUGAUGAGAACAAAGCUGUUAAAAAGUCGCUUGUCGGCAUGGAAGAAACAGAGCGGUACUAGAGAUCCCUUGCCGCCACCUAGGAAAAUAUCGCAAUCCACUGCACCUAGUGUUGUAGGAUCACUAAAUGAAAAAGAUGAAAAAAGCAAGAAGGCCAAGCUACCCAUAGUUAUUUGGCCUGAAUGGACUGAGCAGGACAUAAAUCAGGAAAAAUGGGAUACAGCGCACAAAGCAAAAGAAAAGGAAAAAGGGAAAAGUCCAAAUCUGCAUCCUUAUGAAGACCCUGAAGGAAGGGUAGAUUUACCAGCUUCCAUAAAAUGUAAUGUGGAUCACUGGAAGAGACCUGUUGAGUUUAUACUGGAUAAGACACCAGUUGUUGUAGACCCAAAGAGUCUGACAGAGGGAGUCGACUUGCUUUCUGUGAACGAUCAUUUGACGAACAGUGAGUUACUUCGUUGGAUAAUAGGUCAGGUGACUUGCUUGUGGAAGCAGCACUUCAAGGUUGAGCCAGUAGAGACUGUGAAGGGUGCAAAAGAUGUCAAAGAGAGUAACAAAGGAGACAAAGAGAAGGACAAAGAGAAAGAUAAAGACAGAGAAAAAGACAAAGAUGCAUUGUUAGAAGACAACACUUGGAAACCUUGGGGUCACAUCUGGCCGAAAGAGAAGACAAAAGGAAGUCCUCUGCCUGUCUACAACCCUGGAGGAAAAUACUGUGUUAGGAUCUUUUGGAUGGGUACUUGGCGGAAAGUAACAGUUGAUGACUGGAUGCCAUUUGACGAAGAUGGUAAACUUUUGUUACCAGCCACGCCUAAUGAACAUGAGCUCUGGCCUAUGUUACUGUCCAAAGCUCUCAUAAAAGUAGCUUCAUUAGAUUAUGCUGGUGGUUAUAAUGCCUGUGAGUUUGGUGACUUUACUGUGGUUCAUGCUUUGACAGGGUGGUUACCAGAAAUUAUCCCUCUGAGGUGUGGCAACACUGUUGAAAUUUGGAAGCUCCUUCUCCAAGCCUUGCCACGUUGGAAACUAGAGAACACUCCACCACCAGAGGAGAAGAAACAGACAAGCACAGAGGGUAAGAAAAAGGAUGAUAAGGACAAAGAGAGAAAAUCAACAAAGUCUGACAAAGGACAAGCCCAGUCUGAGAAAGCUGACAGAGACAACAAGUCCAAAGAUAAAGACAAGGACAAAGCCAUUCCAGCUGUAAAUCCUGUGGAGGUCCCAAAGGAGCCAGAAUUUGUUAUUUUUGCCAGUUACUCCCAUCCACCAAAUACACCAAUGAGACAUUCUGUUCUUAAAGAAAUGGCUGAUGCGUCUGAGAAACUGAGGCAGUCUGGACUGUCUCAUAACCACCCCCAUCCUGUCAUGUUAACGACAGCAAGAGACUGCCCCCUGGUUCCACCUCCACCUCCUGUACAGAUCCCACGGUGGAAGCUUAUUCGGCAGAAGAAGAAGAAGCAGCCAGUGGAGCCAGCGCUGACUCCCCCAGAGCCUCCAAAAGAGCCACAGUUCUUGGAAAUUGUGUCUCCUUUUCUUAACCAUAAAGUCAGUCCCAUUCCUGUCAGCAGAGCAAGGACCCCUGUUAGGUGGUUGAAAUUCCGUCCUGAGAAGCCAAUGGGUGAAAUACUGGAAGAAGGAGAUAAAGAUGAUGAAGAAAAGAAGGAUGGUGGAGAGGGGCAGGAAGGAACUGAGAAAACCACAACUGAGAAGAAAGAGGGAGGAACUGAGGAUGCUACAGCCAUUAAAGAGGAUUAUAAACCCAGGAGCCCAACACUAAGGCUAGAAGGUGAGGAGACCAAACCAGACCAUGACAAAGAAAGGGAACAAAUUAGAGAAAGCAAAGAUAGCCAAGAAAACCUUCGAGAUCGACCAUCCAACAAGGACUCUUUGAAGACAAAAGAGAGAGAAAAGUCGGCAAAAAAUGACAGAGGAGAAAAAGAUAAGCUACCUAAGUCUGCGGAAAGUAAGAGUAGAGUGGGGAGUAAGCUGAGUGUGAUUGACAAGCCUGAAAGGAACAAGUCUGGUGGGCUCUCGCCAAAAGGAAGAAGAAUGUCUAGGAUGGAGAAGCCUGGAGACUUGACUAAAACUCCUCCAGAGUCAAGGCGAAUGUCCAGGGUUGACAAAGGAGUGAAAAUAGAAGCAUUAAGAGAAUCACUGCACAAAGUUGACCCUAUUCGUGAGGACGAAUGCCCUGUGGUUGAUCUUGCUACCUGUGCUAUUAAUGAGGGAGACAAGACACCUGGGGAGGGUACAGAUGGAGAAAUGAAUGAUGAGAAGACUGAGGGGGAUAAGACAGAGGAUGGUGACAAGACCAAGGAAGACAGCAACAAAGACAAGAAAAUAUGGAUGGAAUAUGCUGACUUCUGCAAAUGCUUUAGACAUCUGUAUAUAUUCCACAAACCUAAUACAUACAAUUACUCUAAAGGAAACUCUGAGUUAAAGAACGUUGCCAUUACGAGCCAUGUUGGAAAAAAGUCAGGGCUCAUACCAGCUUCAUCGGUCACAGCAGCCACGCCUGCUCCUGGCAAGGCCACAGCGAUCAGCCCUUCUCCUUACCAUGGGUCAUACGGGGGACAAGCUCAGAACCAAGACCCCCCUCCACCGUUCUUGUUUGUGGACAGUUUGAAGCCUAUAGAGAUUGUGGUCAGCUUCACUGCGUUUUCCAUNGAGCAUGCCAUGAAUGUGUUUCAAUCGGUUGGCGGUCUUGUGAUGUCGUUUGCUGAUCCUCCAGCAGACAGGAAGUUUGAUCUUGAUCUUGGACUCAAGGAUCAGCCAAAAGACAUUCAAGAUCGGCAUUACAAGGUUUUCAUGAGAUGCUUACUGAAGAGCGUCCGGUUUCAUCUCGCCGAUUCGUAUGAUUUGGCGAUGCAUUUCGCGUGGAAAGCCUUCCAGUUCCAGGCCUCUCUCUGUCUGCAUCAGCGAGUCGGUCACAGGCCCCUGUCGGCAGCAGAGAUCACGAGGAUUGGUUCGAUUACAAACAAGCGCCGCAUCAAGAGCGCAGCCGCAGUACCACCCACCUGGGUCGAUCGUACCUCUAACAAUGAGGAGGAAACUGCUGCAACCAAGAUCCAGGCCACUUUCAGAGGUUACUUCCUCAGAAAACUGGCGCGAGCUUAUGUGAAAGGCACCGAAGAACACCAGAAAGUGUGGGAGCUUUUAUCCAAGGCUUGGAGUGUCAUCGAACCUAAUCUGGAAGGCUUUGCCAUUCAGAUCUUCAGACUCAUGUUCAAACGCGAUUCUGGAUUGUUCCCGUUGUUCCCUUUCUUCAAGGAUGAGUGGAGCCGGGUGGCUUACACCGACUACAAUGGGACGUACCCUGAGCAACCGCCACAGUCUUGGUUUGUAGUCUUCAGGGAAGUGUUCUUUGUUGAUGAGCCGGUGCUGAUGGUCCCUAAACUGUAUGUUAACUUGCCGACCUGUUUGUUGCGAGUUGUGGACAAUGACUCGGGUGAAGAGUUAACGAGGGUCUUCCAGAAAGUAGCACCGAACAACCUGAAAAAGAACAAGCGUGGCUACACAUUCGUCGCUGAAGCAAGAACUCCAAAUGCCAUUCUUCCUCCCGGCAAGUUCCGCUUACGUGUGAUUGGCUCCACGGAGCCCUUGCCCUACCCUGGACGGGAAGGAGUCAACACUCAUUUUGGAAACAAAGAGAUCAGGGAUUACUACAUCCCGAACAAGUAUAACAUCAUUUUCAGGUACACCGUUAAGGUACAGGAGGAUCACAUGGUCAGUCUGCAGCUCGGGACAUCUAAAUCAGAUGUCUACAUCAAACUUCAGAUUUUGGAUCACGAACAAGAGGUGUGCAGUACGACUGGUAAAAGUCACGCAGUCAUUCCAGCUUUCACUUUCUACCGUGACCGUACAGGCGAUGAAGACGAAAAACAGGGAAAACGAGGUUCCCGCCCUCCUACCUCGUCCCAACCCCGCUCGGCCAAGAGGCCUCCAUCGGGCAGCCGUAAAGCAGUAGCGUCACCUGUACAGGGCAAGGGUAGCAAGAAGAGUGGAAAGGAAUCCAGUAACUCCUCCCGGCCAGGAUCAUCGCAGAAAGGUUCCCGUCCUCUUCUCUGUGAUGAUUCAGAAGAUAAAGAAGACGAGGAGCCAGAAGCCGAGACAGAGCCGGAAAUCAAGAUACAUAAGUACAUCAUUCAGGCCCAGGUCUUGCGCGACAGUUGGCCCUUGUCCAAGAGCGCCUGGGAUUUCGUAGCUAUGCUCAAGAGCCUGGAUCGACUGGAUGUAGAUGUUCCUGCAGAGAGUGCCCCUCGUGGAGACAAGCUUUCUGCAAGCGUCACCAAAGGCAAGAAAAAUAAGGAGGGCAAAGAAAGUCGGUCGAGCAAAGGACAAGUUGGAUCAAGACCAUCUUCACAGCAGCAACAAUUCGAUGCUAGCAAACCAAACUGGACUCUAAGGGUCGUGUCUGAGGCGAAUGCGGAAGAGAUAGAGGUGAAAAAGGACACAGAAAGACAAGAUGAAAUAAAGGCCAUGAAGCUAGCGUGGGAAGCCGCUGAACCGGGCAGGGCUGCCAAGGCUCAACAAAGCCGUCAGAAGUUUUUGAACGAACAUAUGGUGAAAGUUGAUAAAGAUGCAAUUGAGGAAGAAAACGGUGACGAGGCGGAGCAAGCCGAUGAGAAGGACGUCUCUUCCAGCGAAAUACUCACGGUGACGUCACCAGUACAAUCAGAGGCAGACCAGGGCGAACUGACCCUAGUACCACCCCCUAAGGAACCGGAUCAAAUUCUUCAGCCGCUCUCUCAACCCAAGACCAUCAGAUCACGGGGUGGUAUUCCCGUGUUGUUAGACGAGGAAGAAAUCGAGAGACGACUUCUGGAGCGACGAGAGGUGGCGCGCGCUUUUAAAACACAACGAAAGGAGGUGGAGAACAGGAGAGAGCAGGACAGAAUGGACAGGAAUGCCGCUAAAGAAAGACAGUUACAGGAGGCUGAAGAUCUACAGGCCGCCUCAGAUAAAUGGCGAAGUGAAGUGAACCAGAGACGAGAAGCUUACAGACAGAAAUUCUUAGAGGCGGAAAAACAGAAAGAAGAGGCACAAGCGGCUGAGGCAGCUAAAGAAAGAGAACGAUCACCAUCACCCAGUAAAAGUCGAAAGAGCGCUUCUACAGCCAAAGGAGGGCGGAAGACUCCCUCUAAGGGAAAGAAAAAAUGAACCAUUUGAAAUAAACAUCCAAAACAUUUCAUAAAAUAUACAAAAAAAAAACAUAUUUAUAUUUCGAAACCCUGUGUUUCACGGUUAAAAUUUCCCAUAAUUAGGUCUGUCAAUUAUUUAUUUUGUUUAUUUUCUCCCAUUCCCGUGUUUCCGAUUUGGAAUACUCAGUGAAAUGCUGUUGUGACGACGAUUAUUUUUGUACAGAUUUAAGUUAUGUGUACAGGUGCUUUUAAAGUAGUUUAUGUAAAUAGAUGUGUAGCAGAAAUAAAAAGAAAGCCAUUCUCAAA